AUGCCUGAUCUCAAGACUAUCACCAAUAUCAACGACAACGACAAUGGGGACCUUGACAAGCUUGAUGACAACAAAGAUUCUUACCCUGUGGCUGGCAGUGGCAUUCACAGGCACCUGCAUAGUGCUGAUGAGAAGGACAGCUCCUCAGAGGAUGCACCCAAUACUAGCAAUGAGGCUGAGUCGGACAAUGAUGAAGACAAGGCUUCAGGCAAUGCUGAAGAUGGCCCCACCAGUGACACAGAUGGCAAGGACAAUGAAGACAAUGAUUGCUCCUCGGGCAACGGCGGUGCCCUUGCCAGCAAUGGCAGCGGUACUGCGGACAACAUUGAUGAUGCUGCAAGGAACAAGGCUGCAGAGGGGAAUCAUCAUGAUGAAGAUUUGGUGAAUGAGGCUGAGACUGCUGAAAGCUCGGCAUACCAGUGGCCCGGAGGCAGCGCAUGCCUGUUCCCAGGACCCAUUGGGCCUGGUGGAGAUGACUGGGGCACCGCGUCCAGUGAUGCCAGUACCAUACUUGCAGAUACCAACUUGGAUCCUGUAGGGUCCAGCGCAAAGACACAGGAAGAGUGUAUGCGUGCAGUGCUUGUGGCAGUGACAAAGUCCAGGAUCAAACCAAAUGGCCACCUGAACUACCCCCUUCAUGUGGUUGCAAAGGACUAUGGUGUCCCAUGGUCCACUCUCACUGAUUGUUACCAUGGUAAACAGACACAUCAAGAGGCUCCUGUCCAUGAGUGCAAGCUCUUGGCAUCCCAAGACGAGGUUCUUGUUGAAUGGACCAAGGAACUGGGGUGGAGGGAAAGCUAG